UAAGUUACCAUCUGAAUGGGCACCAAGUUCAGUUCUUCAGGUGUCACGGUCACGAUCAUGUCUUUCUUGAAAUUUAUUCUGGCCUUUGCGAUCCUCACUGGUACCCGAGGCGAUCCCUUUUUCGGUAACAACUUCCUGAUCCCGCAAAGUGUGGAACUAGCUAGCUAUGCGAACGCCGUAGUGACCAGUCUGAACAGUGCUCGUAAUUCCGUAUCCUCGUACACACGGUUGCCACCGACGAGUUCAGCGAGUCUGAGCGCUGGCGCGAUCACUCUGCAGCAAUACGUUGGGAACGUAAGCCAACUGGUUGGCGGUGCCUACACGGAACUUGCACGAGCCGCAUCCGAUCGUACGAGCGCACCUGCCAUCGUGUUCACCAAGAUCAGCACCCAGUUCGCAGCGCUGAAGCCGUUGAUUCAAAAUUCCUCACUUUACAUUGAAGAUUUGGCAAGAUCGUUCGACUACGAAGGAGACAGCAGUGUAUCGAACUACUUUGCAGAUCGAAACGAACGAAUCAGGGUUAACAGUCACAACCUGCAAGUGAUCUUGCAGAAUGUCUCCGCCGUGAUCGAGUCGAUCGCAGGACAAGGACUCAACACCCAACAGUUCUUAGCUGCCUUGUCAGCUAACGGUCUGCUUCAGCAACUGCUGGACGCUGGACAAGGUGCCGCGACAGCCUCGGCAGAAUUUGCAGACGUCGUAGCUCAGCUAGCAGCUGCGAUCACCCAGGCCAACAACUUCCGAGUGACCUCCAAUCUCCGCAUUCAGCAAAGCCGAACCGCAACCAACACAGCCGUUAACAACUACAUCACCAGCUCGAACGCAUCGUUCAACUCGAUCCUCACGACCACCGACAGCCUCUUCAACCACCUGAAGACGCUGAACGACUCGUUCGUGUUUCGCUGGCCACUUCUGCUCAGCGAUCCCGUCGAGCAGAAGCUUGACCUGCUGAACCGCUCGAUCGAGAACCUGAUCGUGAACCUGCACUACCGUCGACAGGUCGUCGAGAGUCACUUCAUCUCAACCCGUGAAGUGUUUCAAGAUGCCAACGAACCCCAGCAGUACCUGGCGUUGGAAGCCGAACUGCUGACCCGCCGGCUGGUCAACGUGAUCAAGCCGAGCGCUUGCGUGGUGAACUUCCGGACGCAGUUCCAUGCGCUUCCGGCUACCGUGCAGACCGUGCUGACGCAGUGCAUCAACAGUCAGCUUGGGCUGGAGCGGUCGGGAGCGAGCCAGGUGGUGUCGAUCGCGAACGGAUUUCUGCGAUCGUACGCGACCGAAGUGUACGCGGGGCUGGAGAUCUGCUUCCGUCAUCCGUUUGCAAGUAUGAACGAGUGUUUGGAGGCGAUCGUCGCACAAAUCGACUUCAGCGGAAAGUUCUUCUUGUUGGAUACGCUGUCAUCCUACCUGUACGAGCAGGUCCAGUCGGAGCUGUUCAACUGCAACUCCCGGCUUCUUCAGUACAUACAAAACAGAGGUCUUCGAGCCAACUGCCCCUAAUUUUAUUCAACGAUAACAAUAAACGUCAACAAACAAUAACAGAA